CCCGAUGGUGAUUUCAAUCUUCUCAUUGGUGAUUGGUAUGAAGAUAGCUUUGAGGUUAUUGGAGACAAGUUGGGACAUGAGGGCUAUAAAAAUACUCCAAACAUUAUGCUUAUGAAUGGGAAAGGCUCAUAUUUGGACCCGAAAGCAAAAUCCAAUGAAUCCUUCACAGUACAACAAGGAAAAACAUACAGAUUGAGGAUUUCAAAUGUGGGAAGUGAAUGGAGUUAUAAUUUUAGGAUCCAAAACCAUAGCAUGGUAUUGGUCGAGACCGAAGGAUCGUAUACCAAUCAAAUUACGCUGGAUUCGCUGGACGUCCACAUGGGCCAAUCCUACUCUGUUCUUGUCACAGCUCAUCAAGAUACUGCUCAUUAUUACAUAGUUGCCACUGCAAAAAUGGCAAAUUCAACUCAACUACAAACUCUGGAGGUUGUUGCUGUGUUGCAUUACGAAAACUCUACCAAACCUGCUAAUGGGCCUCUUCCAAAUGGGCCUGAUCCAUUUGAUGUGAAUUUCUCUAUCAGUCAAGCUAGAUCCAUCAGGUUGAAUUUGACAACAGGUGCAGCAAGGCCUAAUCCACAAGGGUCAUUUAAUGUAUCAAAUGUGACAUUAUCACAAACUUUUGUUCUCCAAAAUUCAGUGAACAAAAAGAAUGGUAUGAUUAAUUAUGCCAUUAACAAUGUCUCUUAUGUUACACCACAAACGCCAUUAAAAUUGGCGGAUUAUUACCUUAACGGCGGCGCCGGAGUUUACGAGCUCGACAAAUUUCCGGCGAACAGUAGCCUACCGGAGACUGUUUACGGCACGUUUGUUGUCUCCGGCGAACACAAAGGAUGGCUGGAAAUUGUCUUUAAAAAUGAGCUAAAAGUGAUGGACUCUUGGCACUUGGAUGGAUUUGGCUUCUUUGUUGUUGGGUAAGUAUACAAAAAUGGUCCAUUUUUUAUUUUCCUUGUGGUCAUUGAACUUUUUUUUAAUCCACUUUGGCCCUUUCCGAACCUUGUAAACGCGGAAUUAUUCGUGCAUUGAACUGCCUUUUACCAUUGUUUUGGAUUCCGAUUAAUCCGAACCCAUGCUAAAAAUUACACUUUGGAAAGUAUAACACUUAUCAAAUGUGGCAAUAUUUCAGGGCUCGAACCCAAAAUUGGGAUACUUAUCAUCCCACGGCAAGCUUUUAAUUUGGUGGUGAACUUUUUUCUCUAUAGCAAUAAAAUUAUAAAAUUAUUUUUGUCAUAUUAAAAUAAUUGAACUUUAUUCAUUUUAAUAGUGAGGUCACAAUUAUUUUUUGUCAUAUUAAAGUGACUUAACUUCAACAAUAAGUCGCCUUAGGUUGUCAUUAUAAUAGAUACAGUUUGGUGAACUAUAAUGGGUAAAGUAUUAUUACUUUAAUGAAAAAUAAUAGUGUUUACUUUAUUGUUAUUGUGGAUACAAUAUAGUAUAUUAAUGUU